GAGAGAUGUUUGAAAUUGCUAACAACAACACGUUUGUUAGCCUGUUAGCUGAUUUAAACUUUAUAUACAGUGUUUAAAUGUUUUUAAAUGAGCAGGUUUAUAGUUGUAUAAAGUAUGUUAAUGUUUUCGAAGGUUCGACAGUAAAGACUGAGCAGGAUGCAGUCUGAGCUGCUGAUUGGCUGGCAGCAGGAGAGGGCGGGGCUUACACAAGAAGUGGGUCGUCUGCAGGAGGAACUGGUCGAGAGUCGGGCCGAGAGGGAGGAGCUGGAGUCCAGAAACAGAGCUCUGAAUGAGAGGCUGUGCCAGGUGGUGCGCCCCCCCCUUUCCCUGCAGGAGGAGGGCGAGCAGAGGGAGUGGAAGAGGAGGGUAAGGGAGGCCAGAGAGAGGGAGGCCAGACAGGCUCUGCUCAUCCACCGGCUACAGAACAAGGUGUUGGAGUACAGAGAGCGCUGUAAACACCUCGAUGAUCAGCUGCAGGACGAACACACACAGCUGAUACACACACAGCUGAGGAUCAGAGAUGAGCACAGCGACGCUCUGGAGAGCGCCCUCUUCAGGCUGGAGGAGGAACAGCAGAGAUCGGUUGGUCUGGCGGACACAAACGCUCUCCUCCGGGAGCAGCUCGGCCAAUCAGCGCAGGCCAACGAGGCCCUGAGGGAGGACCUGCAGAAGCUGACGUCUGAUUGGACCAGAGCAGUGGAGGAGGCGGGGCAAAAAGAGGAUGAUUGGCAGCGAGAGAGGGAGUGUCUGUCAGGUCAUGCGGGUCAGCAGCAGGACCGGGUGCUGGCAGUCUGGAGGUCGGUGGUGUCUCUGAGGCGUCAAUGUAACACGGUGAAGACAGCGACGGACAGGGAUCUGUGGAAGUUGAGGGCGGAGUUUUCCCGUCUCUCCUCUUCUCUCCUCUCCGGCUGUGACUCCGUCUCCUCCUCCCUGAGGCUCAGAGCUCCUCCCCUCUCCUCGUCUCCCCCUCCCUCCUCACCCUCACCUCCUCCUCUCGCCUCCCCAUCCACCCUGGGAAGCUUCUCCUUAGGGGAGCUGGAGGAGAGAGAGGAGGAAGAGGAGGAAAUGAAGCUCAUGACUCAGCGCAUCGCAGAGCUGUCCGUCUGUCUGCAGGCAGAGGAGGCGCAGAGGGAGGAGAGAGAGAGGGAGGUGCAGAGCAUCAGUCAGGCUGUGAUCAAACUGUCCAGGGUCCUGAGCGGCAGCAGUGUGUGUGUCUCUACAGACAUGUCCUCGCUGUUGUCCGUCCUCUCGCUCACAGAGAGCGCCGUGAAGAGGAUGAAGCAGGAACUGCAGAGGCUCGGGGAGGAGAAGAUGUUGCUGCAGCUGCAACUGAAACAGCUUGAGGAGGAAAACCCUAGGCUGCUCACACACACACAACACAUACAGCUGGAGCUCACACACACUCUGGACACACUGAGCAGGGAGCGUGAGGCCUCAGCGUCACUGUGUUUACAGGACGAGGAGGUGAAGAGGAGAGAGGAGGAUGUGAAGAGGAGAGAGGAGGAUGUGAAGAGGAGGGAGGAGGAUGUGAAGAGGAGGGAGGAGGAGGUGAAGAGGAGGGAGGAGGAGAUGAAGAGGAGAGAGGAGGAGGUGAUGAGGACAGAGGAGGAGAUGAAGAGGAGAGAGGAGGAGAUGAUGAGGACAGAGGAGGAGAUGAAGAGGAGAGAAGAGGAGAUGAAGAGGAGGGAGGAGGAGCUGAAGAGGAGGGAGGAGGAGAGACAGCUGGAGAGUUUUAGACGAGAGACGGGUCAGACGGAGAGAGAGGCUCUGCAGCAGGAGCAGGUCCUCCUCCUGAAGGGGGCGCUGGAGAGGCAGCAGCUGGAGCUCCAGAGAGCAGGAGGAGAGGCGGCAGCCUCCAGAGACUCCCUGCAGAGGUGCAGGGAGAGAGUGCUGUGUCUCUCCUCCUCAGAGUGUGUGAUGCAGAGGGAGCUGCAGGAUGGGCGGGACGCUCUGAGCGACAUGGCGUCCCUGAAUGCAUCUCUGGCGUCGGACAAGAGGGACCUGAACCGACAACUGCUGCAGCUGGAGUGUGAGCUGUCUGACAGCCAAUCACAGCUGCAGGCUGCGAGGUCAGAGGUCGGCGCUCUGCAGAGGGAGCUCAGAGCCAUCAGCACAGAGAGCGGCCAGCUCAGGCUGCAGAGGGAGGAGGAGGCCUCUGUGCUCCGUCAGCUCAGAGAGGAGCAAAGGGAGAAGGAGGGAGUAACAGAGGAGAAGCAGAGACAGCUGGCCUCCCUGCUGGAGGAGAGAGGGAGGGAGGGAGGUCACCUGAAGGAGCUGACCUCCCAGCAUGCAUCUGUGUGCGCGGAGCUGCAAGAGGUGCAGGAGCAUCUGCAGCGGGCGGUGAAAGAGGCACAAAGGAGAGGGAGGCAGCAGGAGGAGCAGCAGAGAGAGAGCAGCAGGCAGCAAGAGGAGCUGCAGAGUCUGCAGAGACACAAGGAGGAGCUACAGGAGGAGCUGCAGGAGCUGCGGAGUGUGUGUGUGUCUCUGCAGCAGACGGUGUGUGUGCAGCAGCAGCAGCUCUCUGAGUUGGAGGUGGAUCGAUGUCAGCUGCAGACCCACCUCCAGACCCUGCAGCAAGUCAGAGACACUCUGCAGGGGGAGAUCGAGUGCCUGAGAGCAGAGCUGGAAAGAGAGAUGACGGGGAGGGAGGAGCAGAGAGAGGAGGAGGAGGAGAGGAAAAGGCGGGAGUUUGAGAGGGAAAAGGAGGCGUGUCAGAGAGAGAGGGAGGCGCUGAGUGAGGAGCUGGGGGCGAGAGACGGGGAGGUGGAGGCUCUGAGAAGGCGCAUAGAGGGACUGAUGGGGGAGGAGGAGGAGAGAGAAAGGGAGGUCAGGAGGCUCCGGGAGGAGGUGGAGAAGACAGAGAAGGAGAAGAAUGAGGAGAUCAAAAUACUAACAGAGGAGCUGCAAGAGGAAGAGAAGGAGGUGCAGCGACUCAAAGAAGAAGCCAGGAGAACAGAGGAGGAGGUGCAGCUGCUGUCGGUUAGGCUGAACGUUGCAGAGGGGGACAGCAAGGAGGUGAGGGAGGAGGUGCAGGCAUUAGAAAAGGAUAAGGAGGAGGAAAUUUACAGACUCACAAAAGAAACCUCGAAACUAAAGGAAAGACUGAGAGAGGAAAAGGAGGAGGUGAACAAAUUAGAAAACCAGAAGGAGGAGAGGGAUCUGGAAGAGGAGGUGAAGGGCAGGAAAGCUGAGGAAGAGGUGAAGGCACUCUGUGAGCGGAUACAGAGAUUGGAACAGGAGAAGGAGGAGAUUAAAAUACUAAAGGAGGAAGAACUGAAGGAGAAACUGAGAGAGGAACAGGAGGAGAAGGAAGCACUGUGUGACCGGAUAGAGAGACUAGAGAGAGAGAAGGAGGAGGAAGAGGAGGUGCAGAGAUUAGAAAAGGAAAAGGAGGAGGGGAUGAACAGGCUAAAGGAGGAGGUGAUAAAAGGACUCAGAAAAGAAACCUCCAAACUGAAGGAGGAGACAAGACAGAAGGAUGAACUUAAAGAGGAGGUGCAGCAACUCAACAAAAAACUAAGGAGAGCUGAAGAGGAGGUGAAGAGAUUAGAAAAGGAGAGGGGGGACAGGGAGGAGGAGAUUCACAGACUCAAGGAGGUGAAGACAGAGGAGGUCAGGAAGAAAGAGGAGGAGAUAAACAGAGUCAGGAAAGAAGCCUCUAAACUGAAGGAGGAGAGGAGAGAGGAAGAGGAGGAGAAGGAGGCGCUGUGUGAUCGGAUAGAGAGAUUAGAAAAGGAGAGGGAGGAGAUUAUCAGCAGAGAAACCUCCAAACUGAAGGGGGAGCAGAGUGAAAAAGGGAAGCUGAGAGAGGAGGUGCAGCGACUCAAAGAACAGUCAGAGCAGGAGGUGAAAACAUUUGAAAAUGAAAAGGAGGAGAGGGAGAGAGAGGUAAAGAGAGCCAGAAAAGACACCUCCAAACUGAAGGAGGAGAAGGAAGCUUUGUGUGAUUGUAUGAAAGGACUAGAAAAGGAGAAGGAGGAGCUGAAAGAGGAGGUGCAGCAACUCAAAAACAAAUUAGGGAGUUCUGAGGAGGAAGUUAAAAUAUUAAAGAAGGAGAUGCAAAGGCUGAUGGAGGAGGGGGGAGAAACAAAGGGAUGUGCAGCUGCUGAGGGUGAGGCUGAACGUGGCAGAGGAGGUGAGGGAGGAGGUGCAGAGGAGGAGAGCUGCCUAGAGAGACAGGUGAGUGCAGUGAGGGAGAGAGAGGAGGAGGUGCAACAGCUGAGGGUGAGGCUGAGGGAGGCAGAGGAGAGGAAGGAAGAGGUGGAGAGGGAGAGGGAGGAGAUGAAGGAGGAACUGAAGCAGAAAGAUGUGAAGAAGGAGCUGCUGGAGGAGCUAUUGAGGGAGACGAGGGAGUCCCUGGAGGAAGAGAGGAUGGAGGGGGUAGAUAAGGAGGUCAGGAUCUCAUCCCAGGCCAGGGAACUGCAGGAGGCGCGAGAGGAGAGGGAAGGAGAGAGGAGGAGAGCCAGAGAAGGGGGGAAGGUGAGGGAGAGGCUGGAGGAGGAGUUGCAGGAUUGGAGGGGGAAGGUGGAGAGGGAGGAGGAGAAGAGGAAGAGGGUGCAGGAGCAAGUGAGGGAGGUGGAGGAGGAGAGAAAAAGACUGGAGGAGGAGGUGCAGGAGCAAAGAGAGGAGCUGAGGAGGCUGGAAAACAAACUGAGGGAGUGGGUGGAGGAGAGGAAAGGAGACGAAGAGGUGCUGAUGAGGGUGAGGGAGGAGAAGGCAUGGUUGGUGGAGGAGCUGAAGAGGAGGGAAGAGGACCUGACAUUUCUCAGAGAGGAGGUGCAGAAGGAGCAAAGGAGGAGGGAGGAGAUCCAAACUCGGGAGUCAGAGGUGAUUUGCAGCAGGGAUGGAGCUCUGGAGGAGGCGAAGGAGAAGGAGGAGCAGAGGCAGCAGAUGGAGGAAGAUCUGAGGGUGUCUCUGGAGGAGGUAAACAAGAUGAAGCUCCUGCUGCAGGGAAGCCAGGCAGAGGAGGAGCGUCUGAAGUGCCUCCUGCAGGAGGUGCAGCGUCUCAGGGAGGAAAACCAAGAGGAAGUGCAGCGUCUCAGGGAGGAGAAACAGAAGGAGGUGCAGCGUCUCAGGGAGGAAAACCAGGAGGAGGUACAGCGUCUCAGGGAGGAGAACCAGGAGGAGGUGCAGCGUCUCAGAGAGGAGAACCAAGAGGAGGUGCAGCGUGUCAGGGAGGAGAAACAGAAGGAGGUGCAGCGUCUCAGGGAGGAAAACCAGGAGGAGGUGCAGCGUCUCAGGGAGGAGAACCAGGAGGAGGUGCAGCGUCUCAGAGAGGAGAACCAAGAGGAGGUGCAGCGUGUCAGGGAGGAGAACCAGAAGGAGGUGCAGCGUGUCAGGGAGGAGAACCAAGAGGAGGUGCAGCGUGUCAGGGAGGAGAACCAGAAGGAGGUGCAGCGUGUCAGGGAGGAGAACCAGAAGGAGGUGCAGCGUGUCAGGGUGGAGCACCAACAGGUGGAGGAGCUGAGAGUCAAAGACCGUGAGACAACAAUAACGGAGAUGAUGGAGGAAAACCGACAGGAGAAGGAGACUGAAGAGAGGGGAAGGAGCAGGGGGGAGGAGGUGGUGAAGCUUUCGAGAGGACUCCAGCUGGAGAAGGAGGACGAGAAAGGAGUAGCGAAGCAGCAGCAGGAGGAGGAGGAGCAGCAGGAGGAGGAGGAGAUCAGGAUGCUGCUGAGGGAGAGAGACGCCCAGGUGUUCUCUCUGACACAGAGCACAGAGGAGCUGCGGCGGGACAGAGAUCGCGUUCGAUUGGCUCUGGAGAAAACAGAGGCGGCUAUGAUUGGCUACAGGGAGAGAGCCCACCAAUGGGAACACAGCAGGGGGGCGGGCUCUGACACGGAUGAGGGUGGCAGGCUGGAGGUGAUGCAGCGUCUCGUAGCUGAACUGGAGCUGGAACAGAAACGACUGAAGAAGAAAAACCUUCAUCUGGAGAAUCAGAGGGAGAGGCUGAGAGCAGACACACACACUCUGAGAGACACUCUGAGACAGGUGGAGGCGGAGCGUUGGAAGUUCAGGCAGCAGCUGACUGACAGCAGCAGAUCUCAGCAGUCUGCAGACAACACAGAAGAAGAGCAUCUGAGGAACAGAGUGCAGGAGCUGGAGGACCAGGUGACUCAGCUCCGCCUCUCAUUGGCUGCGGGCCGGCAGCAGAGGGCAGAGUUUAUCAAACAGUCCUCAAGGAACAGCCAAUGGCUGCUCUCGCUGAGAAGCGACCUCAGCGACUCGCUGGCUGCCGUCGAGCACCAACCAAUCCCGUCCGUCCUGGAGUCUGAGACGCAGCGAUUGGACCGCAGCCUGAAGGAGGAGGAGCUUAGGCUGUCCCUCAGCCAAUCGGCGGCGCUGCUCCUCCUGCUCCUGUGGAUCGGAGCAGGAGGAGCAGCAGGUGAACACACUGCUGUUCCCCGGUGCAGUGGGGGGGCAGUGCUGAGGCUGCAGCAGCAGGUGGAGGAGCUGCAGGAAAGAAGGAGGAGGACAGAGGUCUUCCAGGUGCAGAGAGGACAAGGAGACCGGAGUCUCACAGUCAAUGAGAUCCUGGACCAGGACCUGGAGUCAGAUUCAAGCACUGUAGAACUCAGAGAACUGCUGCCUGGAUCCAGUUUGUACCAGAGACCGGGAUCCAGUUCAAAACUGAAACUGGGAUCUGGAUUAGAUGUGAAGUCUGAAACCAGAUCAGAUGAAACCAAACUUGUGGACUCAAUAUGCAGAGUACAGUUUAAGACUGGAUCGGAACUAGAGUCAAUCAACAACCUGCAGUCUAGAUCCAGGUCAGAGCUGCAACCAGGAACCAAGUCUGGAUUCAAACUAAACCUGAUGGCUGGUUUUAGAUCAGAGGACACCAGAAGUGUGAAGUCAGAAUCCAGAUUAGAGUUUAAGACUGGAUCUGGACCACAUGUAAAACUGGAAUCCGGAUUACAAAACAGAGACCUGGUCCCUGAAUCCAGAUCUGACUCCAAAAUUGUUAAUCCAGGACCUAGAUUGGGGUUAAAAAUUGGAUCCAAACUAGAGUCAAUCAAAAACCUGCAGUCGGGAUCCAGAUCAGAGCUGACACCUGGAUCUAAAUUGGUGGAAACCACAGAAAUUGAUUCUGGAUCCAGAUUAGAGCUGAAACCUGCAUGCGAACCAGGAGACACCAAAAACCUGCAAUCUGGAUUUAAAUUAAACCCGAUGGUCAGUUUUAGAUCAAAGGAAACCAAAGACCAGGACCCUGAACCCAGACCAGAGGAAACCAAAUACCUAUAUCUAAGAUCCAGACUAGAUGUGAAGUCUGGAUCUAGCCUAGAAGAGUCCAACAUCUUGAAAUUAAGAUCCAGGUUUGAGUUAAAACCUGGAUCUGAACCAGAAGAGACCAAAAACCUGCGAUCUGGAUUCAAACCAGUAGAGAGACCGGACCUGAAAUCACAUUUUGGGACAGAACACACCAGAGACCUACAGAUUGGACCCAGAAAAGAGGAAACUAGAAACCUUGAGUCAGGUUUAGAACAGGAUCUGGGAUCCAGAUCAGAUGUGGAGUCUGAAUCCAAACUAGAGGAGGCCAGAGACCUGCAGCUGGGAUCCACUUCAGACCAGAUCCCAAGACCCGGAUUAGACUUGGACCCUGGAUCUGGAUCAAAGGAGUCAAAAAUCUUCAAGUUUGGAUCCGGAUCAGAGUUCAGACCGGGAUUUAAACCAGUGAAAAUCAAAAAACUGCAGACUGGAACCAGAUUAACAGAGAGCCCAGAUAUGGAGUCAGAGUCCAGGAAACAAGAAACAAGAGACCUGGAGACUGGAUCUGAAUCAGGGUCCCAAAUCUUAAAGUCAGAAUCCAGAUCAGACCUGAAUUCACAAUCUAAACCAGAGGACGCCAGAGUCCUGCAGCCAGGAUCCAGAUUAGCUCUGAAGCCUGAACCUGUAUCAGAGGAAUCUAAAGAUGUGGCCCCCGGAUCCAGAUCAGAGAAAACCAACAUAUCUGAGUCAGAAUCAGAGUCUGGAUCUGAACUACAUGAGACCAGAGACCUAAAGCCAGGACCCCUAUCAGACCAGAUUGUGGGAUCCGACUCAGAUGUAGAUACUGAAUCCAGUUCAGAGGAAGAACCAGACCUACAGCUGGGAUUUGGAUCAGAACUGGAGUCGGAAUCCGGGUCAGAUUCACAGUCUGAAUCCAGUUCAGAGGAAGACCAGGAAUUGGAGUCUGGAUCCAGAUCAGAGUUGUAUUCAGAAUCAGCCAAUCAGCAGGCAGUGCUGCAGGGCAUGCUGGGAAAAGAGACUGAAGAAGACCCCGCCCACCAAGAUCUGGCGACCAAUCAGAGUCUGCGGCUGCUGUCGUCAUGUGAAGAACUGGCAGAGAAGGUCUGCCUCUGGGUGCAGCAGGUCAGCAGUGAGUUGACUGAAAGCUCUGAAGCCGGACUGAAGCUCUUUGAGGCCGAAGAGACUUUGAACACACACCUAAGGGUGCAAACACAGGCUGAGUUUGCAGGUUUGGAUGCAGCAAACCUGAAACAGGUCCUGGAUCAGAUCAGUGCUCUGCAGCCUGGCGCCCCCCCGCAGUCCCCCCUGAGGGCCCUGACCGAGCAGCUUAAGACGGGCUGCAUCAGCACCAGAACCAGAACCAGAACCAGCAUCAGCGACCCACCGAGCCCUGAGCUUGCUGCUCAGGUGGAUCUGGUCCUGAAGAAGCUCCAGGGUCUAAACAGGAAGUUAGACUCAAACCUGGAGCUGCUGCAACCCUAUGUCAGCUUCCUCCACACUACACAGCAGGUGGAGGACGAGAUGGAAGAACGUAAGGAGCUCUACAAAAACAGACCAGAGGAAGAGCAAGUCAGCAGCUUCAGGUCACCGGUGAAGAACAGGAAGCAGUGUGACGCCAGCUGGGAGAAAACGCUGCAGAGGUUCCUCACCUGUCAGGAACUGCGAAACGGCUUCCUCCGAACAGCUAACACGGUGUCCGGAGCGGCACUGAACCUGCAGUCGAUGGUGAUGGUGGUGCAGGAGACACUGGAGCGACUCGACAGAACAAAACAGGAAGUGAAUGAGCUGCGGACUCAGCAGCAAAUUCAGUUGCAGCAGCAGAUAGAAUACUGCAGGAAGUACCGGGAGAGGCUGAACAAGACCCUGCAGGACCUGCACUCUGUCUCUGAGAUGCUGGACUCCUGCACUCUGAUGGACUUGGGUUCAGACCAGCAGACCUCUGAGCUGCUGGAGCGCUUCAGCCAGGCCCGUCCACAUUUUAAACAACUGGAUGCUGAGGUGGAGUUCAUGUUGAAGAGCUGGGAGACUCUGAGAGGAGUCCAGGAAGGUUUGGAGGAAGAGGAAGGUUCAGUGGAGGAGGAGGACCUAUCUGAGCUGCUGAAGCUCCAGGAGACAGUGAAGAAGAAGAUCCUUCAGAGCGAGUCCAUCCUGGACCGGACCAGCAGCUUCCACCUCGCAUCGAAACAGCUGGAGGCGCUGCUCCAGUCUCUAGCUGGUUCCUGUGGAUCCAGUGAGGAACAGCAGCAGAUCCAGAGACUGUUCAAAACAGCUUCAACACUGAAGAUGUACAUCAGCACCUCCGUCAGCACCUCCUUCAGCACCUCCGUAAGCACCUCCGUAAGCACCUCCGUCAGCACCUCCGUCAGCACCCCCGUCAGCACCUCCUUCAGCACCUCCGGUUGGACCAGUGUCCAUGUGGAUCAGCUGGAGGCCCGGCUCGUCUCUCUGGACUCUCUGUGUGUCUCCUGGCUGAAGGAAGCAUCUCGUUGUGAGGAGAAGCUACGCAGAGAGCGGCUGCUCAACGAAGACAUCAACCAGCUUCGUGAGUCCUUCAAGGAGCUGAAGAAGCGCUUCAGUAACCUGAGGUUCAACUACCUGAAGAGGAACGACAGGAUGAAGAACACAAAGGCAGCGAGGAACCAGCUGCAGCAGGUGGAGCUGUACGACGAGAAGCUGCAGGUGCUGAGGAAGCGUCUGCAGGGGGCGACGUCUCGGUUGGGGUCGGAGGUCAGGGACGGGGGCGUUGCCAGGGAUACGGAGGACGCGGUGAACGAGCUGCAGAGACAGAUGGGAGAGUUAGAGCGAAGUGUGGGAGAACACCAGAGGACUCUGGAGAUGACCUGCAGACUGCAGACGGCCAUGGAGGAGUACCAGUUCUGGUGCGAGGACGCCGGAUCCACCAUCGCUCGCGUCGGGAAGUUUUCUUCGGAGUGCCGCAGCACGGAGGCCGUUUCCGUCCUGCACCGGCAGUUUGAGAAGUUCGUUUGGCCUACGGUCCCGCAGCAGGAGGAGAGGAUCAGUCAGAUCACUGAGCUGGCCGUCCGGCUGCACGGAGUGGAGGAGGGACGGCGCUACAUAGAGAAGACGGUCAGUAAACACUCUGAGAUGGUGGAGUCCAUCAGAGCGCUGAGUGAGGGGCUGCUGCAGCUGGAGGCCAGACUGAGGAUGGAGAGUAUGAAGAAGCAGCAGGAUGACGGACAGAAAGAGGAAGAGGAAGAGAAAGACGAAGAGGAAGAGGAAAUCAGCAGGAAGAAGAAGCAGACAGAUAACCGUCUGGAGGCGUCCGACAUGCACGAGCUAAAGGAGACCGGCCACACCCCCGAGCUGACCGCCGAGCAUGAUGGGAAGGAGGUUCCCGUGAAGAGGCAGAUCGCCGCCAAUCGGAAGCCUCCAUUACAGAAGAGCUGCAGUCUGGAUGCAGAGAGACAGACGGAGAGCAGGCUAACCUCCUCCUACUGCUCCACCCACACCUUCAGCUUGUCCUGCUCCCCAUUGGAUAUCAACCGACGAGUCCACACCGUACACAGCCAAUCACAGCCUGCCGUCACUGAGGCCACGCCCCCGCCCUCUGUGACUGGCCCGUCGUUCUCUGACAUCCAGAGGGAGUUUCAGAAGGAUGCAUCAGGAGGCUGCCGGUUGGAGGCGGAGCUUCACGAUGUAAUGACGGAAGAUUCUCUCUCCAAUGACGAGUACGAUUGUGCGUCACCUGACGACAUUUCCCUGCCGCCGCUGGCUGAGACUCCAGAGUCCAUCAUGGUUCAAUCAGACCUCGAAGAGGGCUACUGUUUCAGUUCUCACAGCGUCCACAUCAACCAGUACAGCCGCCAUUCAGAGCGCAGUGGUACUGGUACUGGUACUGAUACUGGUACUGGUACUUCUACCGGUACUGGUACUGGUGCAACCCAACAACACAGAGAGUCCAGCCAGACAGACAGUUGUCCAACUCCUCCGACCAGCCGUCACAGCAGCUCCAGGCUUCGAUCAGAGUCCAGUUCGUUUGUCCAGAGUCCAUCGACAGCUCCUGCUCCAAACCUGUUCAGCAGCACUCUGUGCAGCAUCCUGAAGACUAAAAAGACCAGCGCUGCCAACGUCCGUCCUGAACCAAGCUUCCCCUUUGUACCCAACCUAGUCCACAAGGGCAACUCUCCAGACAGUUGUUCCAAGAAAGACGAUAAAGUCCCUGAUAAGAGGGGCCCCUCAAAAACUGAACCACUCCCAAAGGAGCAUGUCAGUCAGCACACCCAGCCUCAGAGGAGUUCAGGUUCCCUGGGUGGGAUCACCCACAAUGUUGUAACCAUCAAAGGUGAUACCCUGCGACAGCCUGAUCCUAAGCCCCCCAAAUCCAGCUGUUAUCCCGAGGCGUUUAAUGCUCCAGACCCUGAUUGCCACAAGGACAAAACCCUUUCCCAAGACACUAGGUUCCUCAAAAUCAACAAUACUUUCCCUCAAUUUGAAACCUCCAUUUGUCAAAAGAACCGUUUGUUAAGUGGCCUCCACCAGGAUGUCAGCUCUUCCCAAACUGUGAAGGAAACACCACCAGACUCUGAACAACAAAGGGACAGUUUGCCCAGUAAAAUUAUCCAGAAGACCAGCUUUACUCAGUCUAGCAGCAAUCUCAGGUCUCAGCAAGAACAGUUUAAGACCUCACCUGAAAUCUAUCUGGGCAAACAGUUUGCUCCUAGCCCAACCAUCCGUGUUCUCCACAAAGACAUUGGGCUCCUUAAAUCAUGUGAAACUUUCCCCAACACGACCCCCACUCAAAACAGCAAUCUUCCAACAUCGUCCCUGGAUUCUGGGAGUGGCCUUGAUCAGGACAUACCUUCCUCCCAAACCAGCAAAAAAGAGUCCUCAGACUCCAUGCCCCAAAGCAGCCAGACUGUCAAAGAAACCGUGUACUGCCAGCCCUCCCCUCCGAACAGUCGCUGCACCUUGACACAAGUUAGCAGCAAGGUCAGGUCCCAGGAAGAAAGCACCUUAUCCCAGGGUGGUUCAGGUUUACCUGAGGUCCAUGCCUCCAAUCUCCCAGAGUCAAGCAGCAUCAGACAUAUAUUCAGCAACAAGCAGAGCCACCAGACAGUCCACUCCCUCAAUGAGUCCUUGACCUCCACCUGUACCCAGCAGUGUGUGCAUGACCCUGGCAUGACCCAAGGCAGCCCUGCAAAGCAAGCUGCUGCUCCUCCUCUUCCUCAGCCUGAACCACAGACCCAAGCUUUGGCUCAUCUGCAUGUCACCCCCCUUUCCUCUCCACUUCAUCUACUAACUCCAGACCAAGACCCAAACAUUUGUCAACCAAUUUCCAUCCGCGAGGAGAUCAGGCUUACUCCUCAGAUCCAGGGGCCUUCCCAUCCUGCUCCUCUUCCCCAGGCCCAGGCAGAGUCUCUUCCCCAGGGAAAAGCCUCUCACCCGGGCCCUCCCUGCUUCACCAGGCCCCUGUCUAGAGCCACAGUCAUGGAGGGCUCUCCGGUGACUCUAGAGGUGGAGGUGACGGCACUCCCCGAGCCCACGCUAACCUGGUGUAAAGACGAAGAGGCCACCGAGAACAGGAAGCAUUUCCUGUCCGUCCCGGAGGCGUCGGACUCAGAUGGAGGGUUGUCCGGACCUCCUCACGGCAGAGGUGAUAAGACCCGGGUGCAGGAUCAGUGCCUCAGCAGUGGUGAUCCGUGGCUGGUGUCCGAAGUCUUCCACAUCCUGUCUGCGGAAUGGCCGUCCUGGUUCGGUACCCUGUGCGUCCUGCUGUGGCUGCUCUACCUGAUUCUACUUUAACAACCCUCUUCCACUGCGGAAACUGAACCACUUUCAGAUGUGAACUAGUGCAUUGAAACGGUCUGCAGAUACGCGCUCCUAUUGGCUAGCGCUCCAACACAUUGUACGUGAUAGGCUAAGGGCCGGGACAGUUUAAUGUCGAAGAAUAAAUGAUAAGAGCUAUGGGUUGUUUGUUUCCUGCAGUGGAAAAGACAUAUAACACACACUGAACCUUUAUUCAGAAGAAUAAAUGAUGAUAAAAUCAUGCUGUAAAGGUUGAUAUCAUUUCAUCAGUCUCUGGGGGUUCGUUUGGGAACUGGAGGGUCUCUGGUUCAAGUCCCUGAGCAACCUAAUUAAAGUGCCUUAUCUAUUGUCUGGUAACUAUGAAUGCAUGUUUAAAGGGAUAAUGACUGGUCAUUUAAAAAGAUGCUUCCCUGCAGAGAGUCAGCUGUCUGAAUGUCUCUGUGAACUCUAUUUCAAAUGAAAGGGAACUGAAUCCGUCUGGGCUCCACGUCUCUUCCUGUUUCCAUGGAGCUCAUCUCGUUUCUCACAGGUGAUGCAUUUCUGGAGAAUAAAAACGUAAAUCAGUGUCA